CUCCAGGAAGCCUUCCCUGAUCCAGACUCUAGGUGAAGUCAGGGGCUUCCACUUCUUGUCCCCACAGCAGAUUGACUGUGCCUCUGUUAACAUACCACUCACCUUCCUCCCUGUCUUCUCUAUUGGACUGCAAGCAUCUCAAAGCAAGAAGCUUGUUCAUUCCUCCUGUAACCUUAGUGUCUGGCUCUGGAGCCAGCUCAGAGCAGAUACUUUGUGAAGGUCGUGUUGCACGAUUAGAUUUUCCUGGAUCCUGUUAGAUUCUCUAAGAGCUGGUCAGUGGCAGAAUGACUAUGAUCAUUGCCUUGUGUAGAAAGGACAGGAUGGUUAUGAGAGGUUUUGUGCACACACAUCACCACGCUUUGUGUUGCCGUGGUGCAUUCGCAGUGCUGUACUCUUGGUGGUUGCUGUUUGCUCAGGUAUGUGGCCUGCCUGCACCUCAUAGUGUGAGCUGCCCAAAGGCAGGGACCACGUCGUCUUCAUCCCAAUACUUAGCCAGUGCCUGGCAUGGAAGAGGUCCCAGGAAGGGUCCGUUGCAAGAGUGAAAGGCAUUCCCGCAUUCCUCCUUGCUGAGCUGGGGCUUGUCCUCUCAUCUUCUUGGGUCCUGAGGCCUGCGACUGGAAGUCGGUGUAAAGCCCCAUAGCUUCCUUGGGAUGCCUGGAGCCUGUGGAAGAGGAUUCAUGGCAUCUCUGGCCCUGUCUCUCCCAGCCUUUGUGCUGCUGAUCGGAGGCAUGGAAGUCGGCCUGUCCCACUUCCCCUUCUUUGCCUGCCUCUCGUCGGAGUUCCAGCUGCUCAGCUCCAUCCUCGGCUUCAGCUACUCUCUGAUCUGGUUUGCUGUCACUGUCCUUUACAUCACAGAGUGUCCCCAUGGGCAGUUUCUGGGGAGGUACGAGAGGGUCCUGUUCUACUGGCCCUCACUGCUGUGCCUGGCCUUCCUGCUGGGCCGCUUCCUGCAUAUGUUUGUCAAGUCUCUGAGGGUCCACCUGGGCUGGGAGCUGCAGAUGGAAGAAAAGCCUUUCCUGGAAGUUCACCAGGCACAGCAUGUCAAACGUCUCCUGAGGAAGCCCCCCUUGCAGGAGACUAAAAAGUCCUGGUUCCAAACCAGAAUCUAUGAGUGGGACCCCUGCUUUCAGUUCCCAAGCAGAAUGAUUGGAACCACCGUGUUGGCUUUCAUAUGCUUGUACCUUGCGGAGGACUUGUCCUGGGGGUGCAGGCAUCAGUUUCUCAACCUUGGUCGGAAUGGAGACCAAACCCCAGACAGGAUUCCUGGACAAUGAAUUCCCAACAGGGUUGUUCAGCCGGUGGUCGCCAAGAUGUCCUCAGUGGGGAAGGUGACCCAGGUUCCCAGCGGGAAACUCUACCAGCAGAUCUUCGAGGCUGAGGCACAGCUGGUCCGCUCUCUGGUAGCCUCCAGGAAGCGUGCCUUGGACAGGUCUAUGACCCCCAAGAAUGGCAGGAAGCCUUUGAUGAAGAAGACGGAUAUUCCUGAAGGAGAGAUGAUGUCUGCCCGGCAGCAGAAGUGGGCACACAGCCUACCCAAUGACUGGGUCACAGAAAACCCUGUUCUCUACAGGGAAAAGGAAAUAAUCAAGAAGAAAAAAGCUCAAGAAAGUGAGAGUACCAUUGCCGCCCGAGAGGUCCGGGGCCUCAUGGACACCAUCGUUCCCCAGAGGCCCUGCACCACCACCCUUGGCACCGCGGGAAUGGACUCCAAGAGGCGGGGCUACGAGAGUGCUCUGGGGAGCUUUAAGGAGGAGAUUGCUCAGAUUGGGAUGGAAAUGGAACCUUUCAUCUUGGAGCCAGGAACUCUUCUUUUAAAAAAGCUGGCCGAGUCGGAUGAAGACAUUGACCGGCUCUUCAAAAAGGUGGAAAGUGACACCAACCUCGAAGACUACACCAUCCAAACCCUGCUGGAGCUGUGGGAUCAGGUGGCUGAGAAGUUCCAGUUCCAGAAGCAGGGGAUCAAGGAGCUGGAUGAGGCCCUGUACGAGGCCGAGUUCUCCCGGGCAGAUAAACUCAAAGGCGUGUUGAAGAAAUAUGUGGAAAUCAUAGAGAAAACUUCCUACCUCAUGCAGCCCGAAGUGUACAGGCUGAUAAAUAAGGAAGCCAUGGUCAUAAACCAAGCCCUGCUGGGCAACCGGAGGGCCAUCGCCCAGCUGUUCAUCAACCUCAUGGAGGCCACGCUGCAGCAGGAGCUGGAGAGCCACCGUCACUGGCAGGGCCUGGUGGACGCCUGGAAGGCUCUCAAGAAGCAGGCCCUGGUGCAGAGUUUCAGUGAGUUCAUGGCCAGUGAGAGGAUCCGGACUCCUCCAGCUGUGAAGAAGGAGAUGGAGAGCAUGCUGAAGAACCAGAAAGCCCUGCAGCAAAAGCGGCUGGAGCAUCUCCGCACCAUCUGGUGGCUUAUGCAGACAACCCUCACCAGUGGGACAAUGUCCUCAACCACUACUGUCGCAAAAUCCAAUUUGCAAACAGAUGGAUUAAAUUCUUCUCUGGAACAGCUCCAAAGGAAAGUAGAAAUGUGUCAAAACUCAAAGGGAGAUAAAAAAAUGGUGACCUCGGAAGACCUCCUUGGCUUUGUCCAGACUUGGAAAGAAAAACUGGGCCAGAGGAUUCAGUACCUCAAUUGCAGGCUGGACACAGUGUCCAUGACUCGAGUGGUCUUUACCGACAAUGUCAUGACCGACCUAGAGGUGGAGAGUGACAUCAUGAUGUCUUCAGAAGCCCUUGAAGAGGAGGCCAAGAUAGACUUGGUCACCCCCGAGUCCUUCGCCCAGCCAAGCCGCAUGGGGAAGCCCAUGAUUGAAGACCCAGCUGUAGAAGUGGUCAAGAAGAUCCUGAAACUUCCCGACGAAAAAUGCUCAACCCAGCAGUGUGACAAAGACCGCUCCCAGACAGGUAGGGACACACAGGCCUGUGGGUCUCAGGACACUGGCAGUGGGGGGGCCGGUGUUACCACUUGGCCCUCCUCACCUCGGAUUCUCUGUUCUUGUCCUGGGCACUCAUCACCCAAAGGCCUGAAGCGACACCAGAACCGGGGGGAACACUUCGUGAGGAAAGCCUUGUCCAGUGCCAGUGCAGCUUCGACAGGAAGCAUCACACGAUACUCCAAGCCCAACCGAAUGGACAGAAAGUACCAGGUGCUCGGGGAGAAGCCACCGCCUCCAGCUGAGGAUUUUAAAGGGAUCAUCCUGACCCUCCUCUGGGAGAGCAAUGAGCAUCUGUUGAACGUUGUAGAGGAGUUCUACCGCAGAGAGAAGCGCUCCAUCAUCAGGCCUGACUGCACGUACGAAAACUUUGACCAGUGCGCCGAGAACAUCUGCAAGAAGAUCCUGGACUACCACAUGCAGACAGACGAGUACCAUAACUCCUGCCUCAUAGAAUUACGGGCCCAGAUGAGGAGAUUUGAGGAGCUGCUGCCCCAGGUGUGCUGGCUGGUGAUGGAGAACUUCAAAGACAACCACUGGAAAAGAUUCUGCGCCUCUGCCGAAGAGAUCCGGGGACAGUUCUGGAAUUAUCAGGAGAAGCUGGGGAAAAGGAAGGAUGAAAAUGCCCAGAAGCUCCAUCCAAAUCUCGGACAUCCCUCACAUUUCCAAGAAAUGGAGUCUCUGUGUCAAGUGGAAGAGAAAAGGCAGGACGAUUUAGAUACUAUGAUUGUGGCAACCAAAGAGAAGCUCGAGGAAUUCACCAGGAAGUACGGCCGGUUUUUCAUAGCCAGCUUGGCCACCUUCACUGAGAAGUUCCUGCUGCAGUUGGAUGAAGUGGUCACCAUCGACGAUGUCCAGGUUGCAAGAAUGGAGUCCCCCAAACAGAAAACAUCAAUCCUCAUACGGAGGAAACUCGCUAGGCUUUCCCUGAAGGAAGAAAGUGAGAAGCCCCUGAUUGAACGGGGGAGCAGGUAA